AUGGUGGUAGAAAUGUUCCAGGUGGAAGAUCUGUGCAAUAUCGGCCCCAGUGGUAGCUUUGCAGCUGGUGAGCCAAAAGUCCAUGGAGCAGAUAAGGGAAGUGAAGAUAAGGGAAGUGAAGAUAAGAGAAUUGAAGAUAAGGGUAGUGAAGAUAAGGGUAGUGAAGAUAAGAGAAGUGAAGAUAAGGGUAGUGAAGAUAAGGGAAGUGAAGAUAAGAGAAGUGAAGAUAAGAGACGUGAAGAUAAGAGAAGUGAAGAUAAUAGAAGUGAAGAUAAGAGAAGUGAAGAUAAGGGAAGUGAAGAUAAGGGAAGUGAAGAUAAGGGAAGUGAACAUAAGGGAAGUGAAGAUAAGAGAAGUGAAGAUAAGGGAAGUGAAGAUAAGGGAAGUGAAGAUAAGAGAAGUGAAGAUAAGAGAAGUGAAGAUAAGGGUAGUGAAGAUAAUAGAAGUGAAGAUAAGAGAAGUGAAGAUAAGGGAAGUGAAGAUAAGGGAAGUGAAGAUAAGGGAAGUGAAGAUAAGAGAAGUGAAGAUAAGGGAAGUGAAGAUAAUAGAAGUGAAGAUAAGGGAAGUGAAGAUAAGGGAAGUGAAGAUAAGGGAAGUGAAGAUAAGAGAAGUGAAGAUAAGGGAAGUGAAGAUAAGAGAAGUGAAGAUAAGGGAAGUGAAGAUAAGGGUAGUGAAGAUAAGAGAAGUGAAGAUAAGAGAAGUGAAGAUAAGGGAAGUGAAGAUAAGGGAAGUGAAGAAAAGAGAAGUGAAGAUAAGGGAAGUGAAGAUAAGGGAAGUGAAGAUAAGAGAAGUGAAGAUAAGAGAAGUGAAGAUAAGGGAAGUGAAGAUAAGGGAAGUGAAGAUAAGAGAAGUGAAGAUAAGGGAAGUGAAGAUAAUAGAAGUGAAGAUAAGGGAAGUGAAGAUAAUAGAAGUGAAGAUAAGAGAAGUGAAGAUAAGGGAAGUGAAGAUAAGAGAAGUGAAGAUAAGAGAAGUGAAGAUAAGGGAAGUGAAGAUAAGGGAAGUGAAGAUAAGGGAAGUGAAGAUAAGAGAAGUGAAGAUAAGGGAAGUGAAGAUAAGGGAAGUGAAGAUAAGAGAAGUGAAGAUAAGGGAAGUGAAGAUAAGGGAAGUGAAGAUAAGGGAAGUGAAGAUAAGGGAAGUGAAGAUAAGAGAAGUGAAGAUAAGGGAAGUGAAGAUAAGGGAAGUGAAGAUAAGAGAAGUGAAGAUAAGGGAAGUGAAGAUAAUAGAAGUGAAGAUAAGGGAAGUGAAGAUAAUAGAAGUGAAGAUAAGAGAAGUGAAGAUAAGGGAAGUGAAGAUAAGAGAAGUGAAGAUAAGAGAAGUGAAGAUAAGGGAAGUGAAGAUAAGAGAAGUGAAGAUAAGAGAAGUGAAGAUAAGGGAAGUGAAGAUAAUAGUAGUGAAGAUAAUAGAAGUGAAGAUAAGGGAAGUGAAGAUAAUAGAAGUGAAGAUAAGAGAAGUGAAGAUAAGGGAAGUGAAGAUAAGGGAAGUGAAGAUAAGAGAAGUGAAGAUAAGGGAAGUGAAGAUAAAGGAAGCGAAGAUAAGAGAAGUGAAGAUAAGGGAAGUGAAGAUAAGGGAAGUGAAGAUAAGAGAAGUGAAGAUAAGGGAAGUGAAGAUAAUAGAAGUGAAGAUAAGAGAAGUGAAGAAAAGGGAAGUGAAGAUAAGAGAAGUGAAGAUAAGGGAAGUGAAGAUAAGGGAAGUGAAGAUAAGGGAAGUGAAGAUAAGAGAAGUGAAGAUGAGGGAAGUGAAGAUAAAGGAAGCGAAGAUAAGAGAAGUGAAGAUAAGAGAAGUGAAGAUAAGGGAAGUGAAGAUAAGGGAAGUGAAGAUAAGAGAAGUGAAGUUAAGGGAAGUGAAGAUAAGAGAAGUGAAGAAAAGGGAAGUGAAGAAAAGGGAAGUGAAGAUAAGGGAAGUGAAGAUAAGGGAAGUGAAGAUAAGGGAAGUGAAGAUAAGAGAAGUGAAGAUAAGGGAAGUGAAGAUAAGGGAAGUGAAGAUAAGGGAAGUGAAGAUAAGGGUAGUGAAGAUAAGAGAAGUGAAGAUAAGAGAAGUGAAGAUAAGGGAAGUGAAGAUAAGGGAAGUGAAGAAAAGAGAAGUGAAGAUAAGGGAAGUGAAGAUAAGGGAAGUGAAGAUAAGAGAAGUGAAGAUAAGAGAAGUGAAGAUAAGGGAAGUGAAGAUAAGGGAAGUGAAGAUAAGAGAAGUGAAGAUAAGGGAAGUGAAGAUAAUAGAAGUGAAGAUAAGGGAAGUGAAGAUAAUAGAAGUGAAGAUAAGAGAAGUGAAGAUAAGGGAAGUGAAGAUAAGAGAAGUGAAGAUAAGAGAAGUGAAGAUAAGGGAAGUGAAGAUAAGGGAAGUGAAGAUAAGGGAAGUGAAGAUAAGAGAAGUGAAGAUAAGGGAAGUGAAGAUAAGGGAAGUGAAGAUAAGAGAAGUGAAGAUAAGGGAAGUGAAGAUAAGGGAAGUGAAGAUAAGGGAAGUGAAGAUAAGAGAAGUGAAGAUAAGGGAAGUGAAGAUAAGGGAAGUGAAGAUAAGAGAAGUGAAGAUAAGGGAAGUGAAGAUAAUAGAAGUGAAGAUAAGGGAAGUGAAGAUAAUAGAAGUGAAGAUAAGAGAAGUGAAGAUAAGGGAAGUGAAGAUAAGAGAAGUGAAGAUAAGAGAAGUGAAGAUAAGGGAAGUGAAGAUAAGAGAAGUGAAGAUAAGAGAAGUGAAGAUAAGGGAAGUGAAGAUAAUAGUAGUGAAGAUAAUAGAAGUGAAGAUAAGGGAAGUGAAGAUAAUAGAAGUGAAGAUAAGAGAAGUGAAGAUAAGGGAAGUGAAGAUAAGGGAAGUGAAGAUAAGAGAAGUGAAGAUAAGGGAAGUGAAGAUAAAGGAAGCGAAGAUAAGAGAAGUGAAGAUAAGGGAAGUGAAGAUAAGGGAAGUGAAGAUAAGAGAAGUGAAGAUAAGGGAAGUGAAGAUAAUAGAAGUGAAGAUAAGAGAAGUGAAGAUAAGGGAAGUGAAGAUAAGAGAAGUGAAGAUGAGGGAAGUGAAGAUAAAGGAAGCGAAGAUAAGAGAAGUGAAGAUAAGAGAAGUGAAGAUAAGGGAAGUGAAGAUAAGGGAAGUGAAGAUAAGGGAAGUGAAGAUAAGGGAAGUGAAGAUAAGAGAAGUGAAGAUGAGGGAAGUGAAGAUAAAGGAAGCGAAGAUAAGAGAAGUGAAGAUAAGAGAAGUGAAGAUAAGGGAAGUGAAGAUAAGGGAAGUGAAGAUAAGAGAAGUGAAGUUAAGGGAAGUGAAGAUAAGAGAAGUGAAGAAAAGGGAAGUGAAGAAAAGGGAAGUGAAGAUAAGGGAAGUGAAGAUAAGGGAAGUGAAGAUAAGGGAAGUGAAGAUAAGAGAAGUGAAGAUAAGGGAAGUGAAGAUAAGGGAAGUGAAGAUAAGAGAAGGGAAGUGAAGAGAAGUAAAGAGAAGAGAGGUGAAGAGAAGUGA